CAGGGGAAAUUGCAGCAACAGCCACUGGAACAGAAGCUGCCACUGUACCAGCCCUCCCAGUACCAGCAGCAGCAGCAGCAGCAGCAGCAGCAGCAUCAGCAGCAAGCAGUGAAGUCAAACGCACUUAGCUCUGGUGGUGCUCCCUUUCGCUUGGGCGGCACAGGGACAGCUGUCAGGGGCUCUGCUGCCUCUGCUGCCUUCUCUUCUGCUAAAACUCCUGCAGGUGGAAUGGGAUCUCCACCUGAGGUUUCACCUGGCCUAGCACCUGGAGCUAGCAGCACGUCCGCUAGCCUUGGUGCUUCCCACCUUCGCACAUCACCAGCCGCUGCCCAGACUACUCAGGCCCCUAAUUCUGCUGGGAACACUCCGCUCCCCAUGGGGUAUAGUGCUGCUUAUGCAGGCAUGAGAGCCAACCCCGGAACUGCUAGUGCUGCUGCUGGUGCUGGCGUUGCUGGUGCUGGCGUUGGUGGUGCUGGUGUUGCUGGUUCGGGUUUUAUGGGUGGUGUUGCUGGUUCGGGUGCUCAGCAGAUGCGGCAGGAGCAGAGGUGGAGGAGGAGGCAGAAGAAGCAGCGCAGUUUGGAAGGAUAAAAGGGUGUGGGGGAGGGGGGGAGCUAGAGAUUUUUUAGCAGAUGCGGCAGGAGCAGCAGAGGAGGAAGAAGCAGCGUAAUUUGGAAGCAUGAAGGGGACAGCAUGGUGGUGAGGUGAGGUGAGGUGAGGUGAGGUGAGGGAGCAGUGUGGGUGUGGAGGAAGAAGCUAACUACAGUGGUGCCUGAUAACACCGGUAACCUCAGAAUGGGCAACAUACCUACACUACUGUAGUAGUGAGGGUGCCUGAUACUGUAACACAUAUUUAUUUAGCCUACAUAAUUAAUUGCUUUCAAUUUU